AGUCCCUUGUGUAAAUGUUUCUUAAAAGUUCACUUGUUUCUUCAAAAUCAUCUUUCAGUGUUAGAUUUUCAUCUUCAUUUGUUCGUUCUUCAGUUUCCCAACAUCAACACGCAAAAUCACCCAAACACACCUCUACGUCUAAACGCCAUUCUCAACUUGAUCAUUUCCUCCAUGUAAACUGCAGGUCAGGUAACUUUUCUCUUCAUGAAGCUCUUGAUUCCUUCGAUUACAUGAUUCAUAUGAAUCCCACUCCCGCUAUGUCAUCAUUCAGCCUUUUGUUUUCUGCGCUUGGUAAGAAAAAGCAUAUUGAUCAACUUCUUGUGCUGUACACGAGAUUCAUUUCAGCUGGGUUGUUGCCGGAUUUAAUUAUUUUGAACAUUUUAGUUAAUUUCUUAUGCAAAAUGGCCCGGGUUUCUGAAGGCUUUUUGGUUUUGGGGAGUAUUUUUAGGAGGGGUUUUUAUCCCGAUGCGGUUACUUUUAAUUGUCUGAUUAAUGGUCUUUGUAUGGAGGGGAAGAUUAAGAAGGCCAUCCAAUUGCAUAGGAAAAUGGUUUUGGUUGGUUGUAGACCCAAUGGGUUUACGGUUGGGACUUUGAUUACUGGGUUGUGUCGAACAAGUAAUGUCACUGUUGCCCUUCAGUUAUUUGAGGAAAUGAAUAACGGGAAUGGGGAAUUUGGUGCCACUUGUAGGCCUGAUAUUGUUUCCUAUUCUACACUUAUUGAUGGUCUUUGCAAAUAUGGGUUAGUAGACAAGGCAAAGAAACUGUUUUCAGAAAUGAAGACCAAGGGCAUUAAUCCAAACGUGAUUACUUACAACACUCUAAUGUAUGGCUUGUGUAAUAUAUCUAAUUGGGAGGAGGCUAGAACUUUGUUUAUAGAGAUGUUGGAGGAAGGGGUAAAGCCUGAUGUGGUGACAUUUAGUGUGAUAAUGGAUAAGCUUUGUUUGAAUGGAAAGAUAGAUGAAGCCAAUGCUUUGCUCCAGCUAAUGAUUAAUAGAGGUGUUUGUCCAGACACAAUUACUUAUAACACACUUUUGAGUGGUUUUUGCUUGGCAGGUAGAAUUGAUGAUGCUAGAAAUCUAUUUGAUUCCAUGGCUAGUACGGGGUGUAAGCCUAAUGUUUUUAGCUACAAUAUUUUGAUGGAUGGUUUAUGCUUGGCGAAUAAAGUUGAUAAUGCUAAGGAAUUGUUUGCUUCAAUGUUGAGCAAGGGAUUUAUGCCUAAUGUAGUUAACUACAAUACUCUGAUCAAUUGGUAUUGCAAGAAUCGAAAAGUUGAUGAAGCUAUGAAUCUUUAUAAGGAAAUGACUUUAAAGGGAGUUAGGCCAACAGUUGUUACUUAUAGCACCUUGCUAUCUGGCCUUUUUAUGAACUAUAAUGUCAGACAUGCAAAAAAGCUAUUUGGUGAGAUGCAACUUAGUAAUGUGUCUCCCAGUUUAAUUACGUAUAAUAUUCUUAUUGAUGGGUAUUGCAAAAAUGGUUGUGUUUUGGAGGCUGUUGAACUGUUCCAUACUUUAAUAAGUCGAAACAUUCAACCUAACAUCAUAACUUUCAACUGUCUCAUUGAUGGGUUAUGCAAAACAGGGAGGCUCAAAAUUGCUCGGGAACUGUUUAACAGAUUGCGCAAUGAAGGCUUUGUUCUGAAUGUCAGAACAUAUAACAUUAUGAUGCAUGGAUUUUGUAAAGAAGGGAAGUUAGAAAUGGCAAGUAAUUUGUUGUUAGAUAUGGAGCAAGACCAUUGUGCUCCAGAUUUCAUCACUUUUAAUACUCUUAUGUUUGGAUUCUUGCAGAAUAAUGAGACUUCAAAAGUUGUUGAACUUCUUCACAAAAUGAAAGAAAUGUAAAGCCAGAUGCAGCUAUAGCUUCAAUUGUAUUAGAUUUACUGGAAAAGCAUGAAAAUUAUCAUGAAGUCUUGAAUUUGCUACCAUCCUUUUCAACCCAAGAACCGACAGGAUGUUGAUUGUCAAGUAAUUGCAUUUUCCUGAGGGAAUAUAGCUUUUCAUCAGAGCCUUGCUAGAUGUCAAAGUUUCCAUUUUAAGGUUCCUCUUGUGGCUUCAAAUAGCAUUGGGACAGAAAUAACCGAGACAGAGCAUGGAAACAGUGAUAUUGCGUUUUAUGGGAAUUCCUUUACAGCUGAAGGUGUAACUGCAGGAGCCAAGACAACUGCUGUCGCUAGCAUUGCCACUACCAUUCUGAUAGGAACCCAGUGUCGGAUUUCUGGUAAGCAGCUUAGACGCCUUCGAUGCGGAGUAUUUGGCUGUCACAACAAUCAGACUAUAAUGGAUACGAGAACAAUGUAACUGUGAAUGUUGUAUGAAAUGGUGUAGUGAACAAUAGACAAAUGGAUGUUUUAGAAUGUAUCCUUGAUAUUGAAAUAAAAUAACAGUCAACGAAA